UUGACCUUUGUGACCUUUAACCGUCCCAAAUAGAGACCAUUUAAAACCCAUGUGGCAUUAUCCUUAUUAAAUCCUGCUCUAGCCUAGCCACAAACAAAACGUGUGAAGAUUUCGAUACGGCAUGCAGAGUGACGAGGUCAUUUGGGGAGUCAUUCGGAACACCUUCUGCUCAUUCAAGGCGAAGACUAACAGCCAGACGUUCUGUCGGAAUGAAUACAACCUCACGGGUCUGUGCUCUAGGCAAGCAUGCCCCCUGGCCAACAGUAGAUACGCCACCAUCAGAGAGCACGAUGGGGUGAUAUACUUGUACAUGAAGACCAUUGAGAGAGCUCACCAACCAGCUAAAAUGUGGGAGAGGGUGAAAAUGUCCAAGAACUAUGAAACAGCCCUGAAGCAGAUUGACACUCACUUGAUCUACUGGCCAAAGUUCAUCAUACACAAAUGCAAGCAAAGGUUUACAAAAAUCACACAGUAUCUCAUCAGAAUGAGACGAUUGCAAUUGAAGACACAGAAAAAAUUGGUCCCAUUGAAUAAGAAGGUUGAAAAGAGAGACACGAGGAGAGAGACCAAGGCUCUCGUUGCUGCAAGACUAGAUACUGCAAUCGAAAAAGAACUUUUGGAGAGGCUCAAGAAAGGAACAUAUGGUGAUAUUUACAACUUCCCAUCUACUGCAUUUGACAAAGCACUAGAAGAAGAGGAACUCACAGAUGAUGAGGAGGAAGAGCUCGACGGGCCAGAGUUUGUGGCAGCUGAUGACAUUGAAGAGAGUGAUGAGGACAUUGAAGACUGGGAGAAGAGUGAGGUAGACGUGAGCAGCGAGAGUGAGGAGGAGGAACCUAUUACAGUUGGGAAGAAGAGGACUCGUGCAAAAGCAAGAGUUGAGAUAGAGUAUGAGAAUGAACUGGAACCACGUACUAAGAUAAAAGCAACAUAGUUGUUAGGAUUAUAGUGUUCUGUAAUUAAUUUAUGUACCCUGAAUCGAAAAUAUUUUGUGGUAUCUUGA